ACAGUAAGCUGGUGGAACUGCCAGUGGCCACAGCACCCUAGGGGCUCAGUCGUCAUCCAUCAUUACCCUCGCCCCAUCCUCGCGGCGGCGGCGGUGUCUGCUGUUCCUCCCCUUCUCACCCGCGCGCACCAUCCUCAUCUGCAUUUUUGGUUUGAGUUGCCACCUGUCGUACAUGUCUAGUAGUCCGAGUAGCUGGAUUUCUAGUUCGAGUAGCAGUACUUCUAAGUCUGGAUGGCAGCAGCAGCUCUAGUAGUGGCAGUAGUUUUAGCGGUACCACCAGCACCACCAGCACCAGCAGAGCUAAUGUUUAUUAGUAGUGUCAGUAGUGCCAGUACUACUAGUAGUACUAGUAUAUCAUCAGCAUCACCAGCGCCAACGCCAGCGCCAGAGUCAGAGUCAGCGGACAGCCCACCACCACCACCACCACCUGCCGCCGAAGCAGAAACCAGAAGUUACCGAAGGAACAGCAGGAAUAGGCACGCAACGAUACGCAAAAGGCGCCAGAUGCGCCCAUUCAAGCAGGAGACUCUUGUCUCUGCGGCAAAGGCCAUUGGGGCGGACGGCGCCAAGCGGCGAAGCGUAGCGAAGUGGCCGGGAGACACGAAGUGUUCGAAGCAGGGCCACUUGACUUGCGUGUCCGGGCAGCAGAGACUUGGGGAGGCGGGGCGACGGCGGCAGCGGCGGCGGCGGCAGCGGCAGGCUGGAGGAAGAUGCGCAGCGCCGGGUUGCGCGGGGGCUGGGCGGGGUAGAAUAUCCUGACUGGAACGAGGGUAUUCUCAAUCUGAGAGGGGCGGUCUCUGAAGGAAGUCUUCAUGUUGAGAUGGAUGUUCCUUUAUCAUCAACAACCGGGAUCGGGUGGAGAUCGAUUCUGAGAAUAAGGGGACCUUUCUUGCUGUAUCUGGAAGGAGGAUUCCAUUGCUGUUGCUGUUGAAAUAGGCUCAUGUGUGCCUGUUAGACAUAAAUAAUC